CGGGGCCAGCGCCGUGCCGGGGCUGGACUGCCGCGUCCCCAGUGGUGUCGCCUGCGUCCUCAGUGCCAUCGGAGCCUGGGAGCUGAGGCCGGCGUGAUGGAGAGAAGCAGGAUGAACCUGCCCACCGGGCCGGACACGCUGUGCUUCGAUAAGGACGAAUUCAUGAAGGAGGAUUUCGACGUGGAUCAUUUCGUGUCUGACUGCAGGAAGCGUGUGCAGCUGGAGGAGUUGAGAGACGACCUGGAGCUGUAUUACAAGCUGCUGAAGACGGCCAUGGUGGAGCUCAUCAACAAGGACUAUGCGGACUUUGUCAACCUCUCAACAAACCUGGUCGGCAUGGACAGAUCCCUCAACCAGCUAUCUGUGCCUUUGGGACAAUUACGAGAAGAGGUUCUGAGUCUUAGGUCAUCUGUCAGUGAAGGAAUUCUGGCAGUAGAAGAACGAAUGUCUAAGCAAGAAGACAUUAGGAAGAAAAAGAUGAGUGUGUUGAGACUUAUACAGGUUAUUCGAUCAGUUGAGAAAAUUGAAAAAAUCCUAAACACCCAGAGCUGUAAAGAUGCACCUUCUCUAGAAGCGAGCAGCCCUCUCUUGACUGGACAGGUUUUGGAGAGAAUUGCUACAGAAUUUAACCAGCUUCAGUUUCAUGCUGUGCAAAGCAAAGGCAUGCCCCUUUUGGACAAAGUGAGACCCCGCAUAGCUGGCAUUACAGCAAUGUUGCAGCAGUCUCUAGAAGGCCUUCUGCUGGAAGGUUUGCAGACCUCAAAUGUGGACAUCAUCCGGCACUGCCUGCGUACCUAUGCCACGAUUGACAAGACACGGGAUGCAGAAGCUCUGGUUGGCCAAGUCCUGGUAAAGCCGUAUGUUGAUGAGGUGAUUGUUGAACAGUUUGUUAAGUCUCAUCCCCAUGGCCUUCAGCUCAUGUAUAACAAGCUCCUGGAAUUCGUUCCCCACCACUGCCGCCUUCUCCGGGAGGUCACAGGAGGAGCUGUGUCGAGUGAGAAAGGCACCAUCGUUCCUGGCUAUGAUUUCUUGGUGAACUCUGUGUGGCCAGAAAUAGUUCGAGGACUAGAGGAAAAGCUCCCCUCACUCUUCAAUCCAGGGAAUCCUGACGCCUUUCAUGAGAAAUACACUGUGAGCAUGGAUUUUGUACAGAGGUUUGAACGGCAGUGUGGAUCCCAGGCCAGUGUGAAGCGACUCCGAGCACACCCUGCCUAUCACAGCUUCAGCAAUAAGUGGAACCUACCUGUUUAUUUUCAGCUAAGGUUUAGAGAAGUGGCAGGAUCCUUAGAAGCAUCUUUCACAGAUGGGCUGGAAGACGCCCCAGAUGGAAGUCCGUAUUGCCUGUUGGCUUCUCACAGAACCUGGAGCAGCCUGGAGAAAUGCUGGUCGGAUGAGAUGUUCCUGCCUUUGUUAGCGCACCGUCUGUGGAGGCUCACCCUGCAGAUUCUGGCCCGGUUCUCUGUGUUCGUCAGUGAGCUUUCUGGCAGGCCCAUUUCUAAUGAAAGCACCAAGGAGACUAGAAAACCUUUGGCUGGCAGCAGAGACCCUUCUGAAGACCAAGGAAACCAUCCUUCAGAAGCUCAGACAGCGUCCAUUUCCAGCACUCAGCUGUUGUAUGUGGUCUCAGACCUGGACAGGCUUCAGGAAUGGCUUCCAGAACUCCUGGAGAUAGUCAAGCCAAAACUUGAAACGAUCGGCUUUAAGAAUUUUUCAUCUAUCUCAGCGGCCUUGGAAGACUCCCAGAGUUCCUUGUCUGCCCACGUGCCAGCUCUGAGCAGCAGGAUUGUCCAGGACCUGAGUGAGUCUUGCUUCAGUUAUCUGAAGAGUGCCCUGGAGGUCCCCAGGCUUUACCGCAGAACCAAUAAGGAGGUCCCCGGCACAGCCUCUUCUUAUGUGGAGAGUGCACUGAAGCCAUUUUACCAGCUGCAGCACGGACAUGGGCACAAGGUGAAGCCAGCGAUGAUGAAGCACUGGGUGCAGGAAGCUCUGUCUGAGAGCACACACAGGUACUUUGAGACUGUGUCUGAUGUGCUGAACUCAGUGAAGAAGAUGGAGGAAAGCCUGAAGCGCCUCAAACAAGCCAGGAGAACCCCAGCCACCAACCCUGUCAGCUCUAGCGGUGGCAUGAGUGAUGACGACAAGAUCCGACUGCAGCUGGCUCUUGAUGUGGAGUUCCUGGGAGAACAGAUACAGAAGAUGGGCUUGCAGACCAAUGACAUCAAGAGCUUCCCAGCCCUCGUAGAGCUUGUGCUUGCUGCCAGGGACCAGGCGACUACAGAACAGCCCUAGGCACCCUGGCAGGACCUGGGGCGGGGAAGAAAGCGACCCUUGUCCCCUGAGUCACCCAGCAACAGCCUGCACCCCUGCCCAGUAUAUGUGGGCCAUCUUUCACCCAGAAAGAACCAACCUUUCCAUUGUAUGGAAGAUAGUUUUUAUGACAUUUCAAGCUUUUUACUAUAGUUUACUGAACAAAUUGUUUUAUUUUUAUUGUAAAUCUUAAUGUAGACAAGCUGAUUUCUAUAGUAGGAUUGAAGUAAAUAUCCAAGUGUGGCUGUACUGCCGUGCAGAUGAAGCUCUGGGCAGCAGGGCAGCAGCACAGUGUAGAAACACGGUCUCCAGCCCAGGAGACACUGCCAGUCCUGGGCCUCCUCAGAGGCUACACGAUGGCCAUCUCAUCUUGGCACUUAAGAAUAGCACUUCUGAUCUUGCCGUCUACUCCUAUGUCAGGAGCCAGAGCUGACAGCAAAGAUUCAUUUCCUAAAUAAAGGAAGUGCCUUCUGCAAA